AUAUUACGACACACACACACACAAAUAUAAUGAAUGUUUUGUGAGAAUAAUAAAAAGACUAUCAGUGCAACUGUUAUCUUUGUUUAGCCAUAUGAAAUAUGGAGCUUUGUUCAAAUAUAAACUGUAGUGCAAAUAAAAACAAUACGAUAAUAUGUAUAGUGAAAUAUCUAGUAAUUUUUAUACAUUUAUUUCAUAGUGUUAAUUCGUUACCGGAUGUAAUUCGGAUAGGUGGACUUUUUCAUCCGGCCGAUGACAAACAAGAGAUUGCCUUCCGGUAUGCUGUUGAAAAAAUUAACGCUGAUCGACAGAUAUUACCACGAUCAAAGUUAAGUGUGCAGAUUGAAAAAAUAUCGCCGCAGGAUAGCUUUCAUGCAUCGAAAAGAGUUUGUCAUCUAUUAAGAAGUGGUGUUGCAGCAAUAUUUGGUCCACAAUCAUCGCAUACUGCUUCACAUGUUCAAAGUAUAUGUGAUACAAUGGAAAUACCACACCUAGAAACACGCUGGGAUUAUCGUCUCCGUCGGGAGUCGUGUCUUGUCAACUUGUAUCCUCAUCCGACAACAUUAUCAAAGGCUUAUGUUGAUUUAGUGAAAGCAUGGAAUUGGAAGUCAUUCACAAUUAUUUAUGAGAACAAUGAAGGUUUGGUACGUUUACAGGAACUAUUAAAGGCACAUGGACCAAGUGAAUUUCCAAUUACGGUACGGCAACUUGGUGAAGGUACUGAUUACAGACCACUACUAAAACAAAUCAAGAAUUCAGCUGAAUCACAUAUUGUGCUUGAUUGUUCUACAGAAAGGAUUUACGAUGUAUUAAAACAAGCGCAACAGAUUGGUAUGAUGAGCGAUUAUCAUAGUUAUUUGAUUACCACACUGGAUUUACAUAGUGUGGAUUUAGAAGAAUUUAAAUAUGGCGGUACAAAUAUUACAGCAUUUCGACUUGUCGAUCCCGAAAAACCAGAGAUACAAAAGGUUGUACGUGAUUGGAUUUAUGGUGAAGCCCGUUAUGGACGCAAAUUAGACUUAGGAUUAACCAGUAGUCGGGACAAUAUUACAUUUAUAAAGGCUGAAACGGCAUUAAUGUAUGAUGCUGUACACUUGUUUGCAAAAGCAUUACAUGAUUUAGAUACCAGUCAACAAAUUGAUAUAAAACCUUUAAGUUGUGAUACCGUUGAUACGUGGCCGCAUGGAUACAGCUUAAUUAACUAUAUGAAAAUAGUGGAAAUGAAAGGUUUGACUGGUGUUAUCAAAUUUGAUCAUCAAGGAUUUCGUAGUGAUUUUGUUUUGGAUAUUGUUGAAUUAAACAAGGAUGGUCUGAAAAAAAUUGGUACAUGGAAUUCAACAGAAGGUGUCAAUUUUACACGAUCAUAUGGUGAAGCUUAUACACAAAUUGUGGAAAUUUUACAAAAUAAAACUUUUGUAGUAACAACCAUCUUGAGUUCACCAUACUGCAUGCGAAAAGAUUCCAGUGAAAAGCUAACAGGGAAUGAUCAAUUUGAAGGCUAUGCAAUUGAUUUGAUUCAUGAAAUUUCACGUAUAUUAGGUUUCAAUUAUACGAUACGUUUAGCACCAGAUGGUCGUUAUGGUUCAUUAAAUCGUGAAACUAAGGAAUGGGAUGGUAUGAUAAAAGAAUUGUUAGAUCAAAAAGCUGAUUUAGCUAUUGCAGAUUUAACGAUAACAUAUGAUCGUGAACAAGCUGUAGAUUUUACAAUGCCAUUUAUGAAUCUGGGAAUUAGUAUAUUAUAUCGAAAACCAAUUAAACAACCACCAAAUUUAUUUUCCUUCUUAUCACCAUUAUCGUUGGAUGUUUGGAUUUAUAUGGUCACAGCAUAUUUGGGUGUUUCUGUUUUAUUAUUCAUUUUAGCCAGAUUCAGCCCAUACGAAUGGGAUAAUCCACACCCAUGUAACGAUGAACCAGACGUAUUAGAAAAUCAAUUCAGUUUACUCAACUCAUUAUGGUUUACAAUUGGUUCCCUCAUGCAACAAGGUUCAAAUAUUGCCCCUAAAGCUGUUUCAACACGAAUGGUAGCUGGAAUGUGGUGGUUUUUUACAUUAAUUAUGAUUUCAUCAUAUACAGCUAAUUUGGCUGCUUUUUUGACGGUAGAACGUAUGGAUUCACCGAUUGAAAGUGCUGAAGAUUUAGCUAAACAAACUAAGAUAAAAUAUGGCGCUUUACGAGGUGGUUCAACUGCAGCAUUCUUUCGAGAUUCAAAUUUCUCAACAUAUCAACGAAUGUGGUCUUUCAUGGAAUCGGCACGACCGUCUGUAUUUACAUCAAGCAAUGGAGAAGGCGUUGAACGUGUUGUUAAAGGCUCCGGCAGCUAUGCAUUUCUAAUGGAAUCCACAUCAAUUGAAUAUGUUGUAGAACGAAAUUGUGAUCUUACGCAAGUUGGAGCUUUAUUGGAUUCAAAAGGAUAUGGAAUAGCAAUGCCUCCAAACUCUCCGUUCCGCACUGCAAUAAGUGGAGCUGUACUAAAAUUACAAGAAGAAGGAAAAUUACAUAUUUUGAAAACCAGGUGGUGGAAAGAGAAACGUGGCGGAGGGACUUGCCGGGAUGACGCAACAAAAAGUAGUAGUGCAGCAAAUGAAUUGGGUUUAGCAAAUGUUGGUGGUGUAUUUGUUGUAUUAAUGGGUGGCAUGGGAGUGGCAUGUGUUAUGGCCGUUUGUGAAUUUGUAUGGAAAUCACGAAAAGUUGCCGUUGAGGAAAGGGCUUCAUUAUGCUCAGAAAUGGCAACUGAAUUAAAAUUUGCAUUUCGUUGCCAAGGCUCAACAAAACCAGCUCGUAAGAAGCAACAACCACAAACCGUGGUUGGCGUUGUUUCUGGCGGGGAAGAACGUCGUUUUCAUCCAUUGGGAACAUAUACUUCAUAUGGAUUCAAAGAACCAUUGCCAUAAAUCCAAUCAAGUAUUCAUUUAAACAAAAACAAGAAUUAAACAUAGUUAUUGCACAAAAUAUAUUGUCCAAAAUAAAUAAAUUCAAAAUAUUUUGUCUACUAAAAAAAUAAAUAAAAACAGCCCCUAAAUUCAAAUUUCUUAUGCUAUUACAGUUUUACAAAGUUUGUGGAGAUCAAAUUUCUAAAAAUGUUUUCAAACUUUAACACAUGGCUUAGUUUACAUUGGCAAUUAGAUACAUGGUUAUAGCUUGUGCCAAAGACCCCACUGAUUUCCGUAUGCUUCCAUUUUAGUCUACAAUAAUAUUUAUUUACGUUCAAGCGCAUUCCGCAUUCCAGAAAUAGUACUUCUGUAAUAGGAUAGUUUUUCGCCGAGGUUGAAAAUAACAAAAAAAAUUAUUCCAUUCAAUAUGAACGCCUUCGCUUCAGCUUCCAUGUAUCUUGAAUUUCUCAACUCUUACAUUAUUACAAGUGUUUUGCGACGCGGAUACCAGAAUGUCAUUCACAAGGACAUCAUUGCGUGAUAUUUGUGUUAGAUAUUGAUAUUUGUGCUUUGAUCUAACUCGGUUUAUUUACUUGUUUAUAAAUGUUGUCCAUAUUUUCUCUCCUUUUCUUUCCGUGGCUGGUAAUGCCAAAGAAAGGAUUGAUAUGGAUCAGAAAAUAGCUUUUUUUAUUUUUCAUUUUUGA